AUGCGAACUAAAUUUGUGAUCGCACAAAAUCAAGAUGUUAGGCGGAUGCUGAAGAUCACUCCGGUCCAAAGGGAAAGUUUUCAUCUCUCGAGUUUGAAGCCGAGGGCCGGCGGGGCAAGCAAAGACGAAGAGUCAGAAAAGCUGCCAGAGCCGGCAGAGGAGGAGUCCCAGGUUCUGCACGGAGCUGGCCACUGUAAGUGGUUCAAUGUGCGCAUGGGAUUUGGAUUCAUCUCCAUGAUAAACCGAGAGGGAAACCCCUUGGAUAUUCCAGUGGAUGUAUUUGUACACCAAAGCAAACUAUUCAUGGAAGGAUUUAGAAGCUUGAAAGAAGGCGAGCCAGUGGAAUUUACAUUUAAAAAGUCCCCCAAAGGCCUUGAAUCAAUCCGGGUAACAGGCCCAGGUGGGAGCCCCUGCUUAGGAGGCGAAAGACGACCUAAAGGGAAGACACAGCAGAAGAGAAAACCAAAAGGAGAUAGAUGCUACAACUGUGGUGGCCUUGACCAUCACGCUAAAGAAUGUCGUCUACCUCCUCAGCCAAAGAAGUGCCAUUACUGUCAGAGCGUCAAGCACAUGGUGGCAAACUGCCCGCACAGAAUUGUCGCACAGCUGCCCACCAGUUCUCAGGGAAGACAGGAGGCAGAAUCCCAGCUGUGCACUUCUGCUUCGCCCAGAGAAAUGGGAGGGAGCCAUGGGUGCACGUCACCGUUUCCUCAGGAGGCAGGCGCAGAGUUGGCAGAGCCGCCGUCAGACAGGUCACCCCAGGAAGUUUCUUCCCUGAAGGCACCAGAGGAGCAAAACAAAAAGGGGCCUUCAAUUCAAAAACGGAAAAAAACUUAAUACUGGUCAACCUUCUCUUCACCCGGUUGGGAAGUCUACCUCAUGCAAGCACAGGGGAAUAGCAUUCCACAGACAGCAGCUGACCGGGUUCUAACUACUGCUGAAGAACUGGGGGUUUUUAAUCAGACAAAUCACUCUUAAGCAAAUUACAUUUAAGCAGGGUGUCAGGUUUUACAGACUUGAGAUACUAUAUAUAGUAUGUGUACAAGUGAAAGGGGAGAUGUGAGUAUGUGUGUGUGUG